GGUGGAGGAGCUGCCCGCGGAGGACCGCUACAACGCCGACGCCGUGGCCGGGCUCCUGCGGUACCGCCUGCUGCCGGCCGGCGAGCUCGACCGGCUCCUCUCGCGCUGGGUCGGCGCCCGCAACGGCGCGCAGAGCGCGUUCAACGCGCAGGCGGUGGACUUCGGGCUGCUGCUUCUCAGCAGGGCAGUUGUGAAGCACCGGUCGUGCUCCCUGGCGGACCUGCCACUGUCGGUCGAGGCGCUGUCGACGCAGGCGCAGGCCAUGGGAGCGCACACGCUGCAGGCCACGGCGCAGGAGCUGCACCUGGCCAAGCAGGCCCUCCGGCUCCUGGAGGAGCUCGCCUCGCCGCAGGGCGAGACCCCCAGGCAGGUGGCCCGAGCUCAGGUGCCCACCCGGCUGAAGGAGCGCUUCGCCGACGAGGAGCGGGCGAAGGCGGCAGGCAUCGCCGCGGCCGCCGGGCCCGGCGAGCCCAUCGCCGCCCUCUUCGAGGAGUGGCACGACAGCUGCGGCACUGACAGCGUGUCCCAGAACGUGGUCCGCAGCCAGGUGCUGCAGCAGAUCUCGGGGAACUGGGCCCCGCAGGGCGACGCCAUGGGGCGCUUCUUCCGGAGCUGCUGCGAGGCGGCCGUGAAGAGGACGCUGGCGGACCCGGCGCCGCCCGCGUCGGCGUCGCCAGCGGACGAGGACGAGGCG